AUGGGGACGCCCCGCCCACUCGGCCCGGCUACCCUCCUCCCGGCCCGCCCCGGCCUCUCUGCCCCGCCCACUCGGCCGCCAGGUGGGUGUCCGCCUACCUGGCCCCGCCCACCCCGCACGCCUCAGGGGGCAGCCCCACCCCCCCAGCGGGGUCCGGCUGCGUCUCCUCAGCUCCUCAGGGGUGGUGGCUGCGCUACAAGUUUGGAAAUUUUGGCGGCGGAGGAGCGCGCCAGCAUUUCGAAGCCGAAGGCUGUGGCAGCAGCCGACCUUCGAGGGCCCUUCAUCCGCGCCCCGGCGCUCCCGCAGCCCAGAGUCGGGCGGCCACGAGACUCGGCAGCGUCCUCCCGCGUUCGCCCGCCGGACGGCUGCAGCCCUGUCACGGGGCCCGGAGGAGGUGAACCCGCUCGCGGAGAGCACCUGCCGGGCCAUGUUCUCAUAGAGAUUUUAAGUACCCACAAGAAACUCAAUGAGAGUCUUGAUGAAAAUUUUAAAAAAUUCCCUAAAGAGAUUACACAUGAGCUGGAGAAGAAGAUGGAACUUGAUGGAAAACACAUGAAUUAUAUAGAAACCAUUACAUCUCGCCAGAGCGAAAUCCAGAAAUUUAUUGCAGAUGAUUGCAAAGAAGCUCUACUUGAAGAGAAAAGGCACUUCUGCUUUCUGGUCGACAAACACUGUAGCUUUGCAAAUAACUUACAUUAUUAUCAUUUACAGAAUUACUCAAUUCCAGGCUUCCCUGGUGGCAGGAAACCUGUGGUGAUGCUACCAAAGUGCCCAAGAAGAUCAUGAAUAUGAUGGAGGAAAUAAGGACCCCAAGUUCUGAACGCGUGUCCAGGAUGCCCCAGCCCUCCCUGAUGAUUGAGAGAAGCAGCGUGGUUACGUGGUGGUUUCUCGGGACAGUGUUCCUCUGUGGGGUGAAAUGCACUGAAUUAGUCCAUAUGAAGUGGCAAACAUGGUAAGAAACGACAGCUGGAGAGUCUGAGUGUGGAGAGGAAGUGUGUUUGUGUUGCUGUGAUAAGUUAAUGCAAAUUUGAAAUCACCGGAGAGUAAAUGACUCUUCCAAACAUCCACAUUAGCACAAUGUCACAGAAGCAGAGAGGACGUCAGACUUUGGGAUGGAGGCCAAGCCCGCCCAGAUCCAGUUCACCCACCAUAGGUGAACUGCUUGCCCUUAUAGGAGGCCACAUGUUAGCAGGAGACUCAUGGGAGGUUUAAAUCGGGGCCCCCCAUGUCUCUGGUGCAGUAGAAGCAGUGGGAUUUGGAAUUCCAAUUCUCCACAACGCUUCACCACAAGCUGCUUAGAACUAUGAAAAAGCAGGAAGGGAAGC